AUGCAUGAGCAUCACUUGAAGUUUGCUCAUUUGUCAGGUACCCCUGACCCUGAAUCAAGGGUGCCCAUCGUUUUGGAGGCAAGUAGGACCCUAGAAAUUCAUUCCAUCCAUACUGAGACAGUUUGGUCUGAUUCUAUGAAUUUGGGUGUGUUAGGUGAUUGGGAGCAAGAGAGGUAUUUUUUCAGCAGCAGGGAAGUGAAGUACCCAAAUGGCAACCGAUCAAACAGAGCAACUGGUUCCGGGUAUUGGAAGGCGACUGGAAUAGACAAGCAGAUUGUGACUUGUAGGAGUAACCAAGUUGUGGGGAUUAAAAAAACUCUGGUUUUUUACAGAGGAAAACCUCCACAUGGGAUCAGAACUGAUUGGAUCAUGCACGAAUAUCGCCUUGUAGAUGCUCAAUCAACACCCAGGACUGCCCCACAAGCAAACAACUCAACCCAGGAAAACUGGGUUCUCUGUCGCAUAUUUCUGAAGAAAAGAAGUAUGAAGAAUGACAAUGAGAUCACACAAUCCCACAAUGAUAACAGAGCUCGGAGUCUGGGAAACAAUAAGCCUGUUUUCUAUGAUUUUCUUGCCAAGGACAAGACUGGCUUGAAUUUGGCCCCGGCUUCCUCAUCCUCGGGUUUAAGUGGAAUCACAGAGGUCUCGUGUAAUGAAACAGAUGAUCACGAAGAAAGCAGCAGUUGCAAUAAUUUCACCUCUUCUAUGAGAAAACCAUGGCCAUAG